GCACAAUGGGCUGUACGCUGAGCGCCGAGGACAAGGCGGCGGUGGAGAGGAGUAAGAUGAUCGACCGAAACCUCCGGGAGGAUGGCGAGAAGGCAGCGCGCGAGGUCAAGCUGCUGCUCUUGGGUGCUGGUGAAUCUGGGAAAAGUACAAUUGUAAAGCAAAUGAAAAUUAUCCAUGAAGCUGGUUAUUCAGAAGAGGAAUGCAAACAGUACAAAGCAGUGGUCUACAGUAACACCAUUCAAUCGAUUAUUGCUAUCAUUAGGGCCAUGGGAAGGUUGAAGAUAGACUUUGGUGACUCAGCUCGGGCGGAUGAUGCCCGCCAACUCUUUGUGCUUGCUGGUGCUGCUGAAGAGGGUUUUAUGACUACAGAACUUGCUGGUGUCAUAAAGCGAUUGUGGAAAGAUAGUGGUGUGCAAGCCUGUUUCAACAGAUCCCGAGAGUACCAGCUUAAUGAUUCUGCAGCAUACUAUUUGAAUGACUUGGACAGAAUAGCACAGCCAAAUUAUAUCCCAACUCAACAAGAUGUUCUCCGAACUAGAGUGAAAACAACAGGGAUUGUUGAAACCCAUUUUACUUUCAAGGAUCUUCAUUUUAAGAUGUUUGAUGUGGGAGGACAGAGAUCUGAGCGGAAGAAGUGGAUUCAUUGCUUUGAAGGAGUGACUGCAAUUAUCUUCUGUGUAGCGCUUAGUGACUAUGACCUGGUUCUAGCUGAAGAUGAAGAAAUGAAUCGAAUGCACGAAAGCAUGAAGUUGUUUGACAGCAUAUGUAACAACAAAUGGUUUACAGAUACAUCUAUUAUACUUUUUCUAAACAAGAAGGAUCUCUUUGAAGAAAAAAUCAAAAAGAGUCCUCUUACUAUAUGCUAUCCAGAAUAUGCAGGAUCAAACACAUAUGAAGAGGCAGCUGCAUAUAUUCAGUGUCAGUUUGAAGACCUCAAUAAAAGAAAGGACACAAAGGAAAUAUACACCCACUUCACAUGUGCCACAGAUACUAAGAAUGUGCAGUUUGUUUUUGAUGCCGUAACAGAUGUCAUCAUAAAAAAUAAUCUAAAAGAUUGUGGCCUCUUCUAAGUUUUUCAGUCAAUGGUAAAAUGAAUUUUUCAAACCAAAUGAGUACUUAUAUGUGGAUCUCUAUACUAGAGUUAUGCAACAACACAGAAUGUAGUGACAGCAGAUGCCUCUGGGACCUGACCAAAGUUGUUCCAUUUUGUUUUGUUUUGUUAUCCCUAACUAAGAAAAGGACCUUUCUUGAAAGUGAAGGAUGGUUCUGCAGUGUGAAACUGAAGGACGGUGUUGAAGCUAGGCUCUAGUGUAUUGAUGGUUUUUGCCUAUGUGUAAAUAUGCAAAUAUAUGUAUACAUGUAUUUAUAAGUUUAGUUUUUCAUAUUGCUUUUAAGUUUUAAGAAUGACAACUUAAGAUUCUAGUGUGAAUGGCUUUGGGAAAUAGCAGAAAUACUGAGUACCUUAUAUUGAAUGACAGACUAUUAUUAUGUUUGCCAGUUUUAAACAGCUUUGUUUAUGUUGAUGUCCUAUAAAUUUUUAAGUACAAUAAUUAAUAUUAGGAAAUAUUGCAGAUCUUAUCUUGAUUGUAUGUAUACUUAUAAUCAUAAAAAUGUUAUUUGUA